GGUCCCAAGCCCGGAUGAGAAAAGAGGAGGGUUGAGUAGAGCUGGACAUUCCUACCGUAAAAUGUCAACGCCGAGCACUGGGCGGCGGGAAAUAACCCAACCCCCGGAUCCAACCAGUGACCCGGAGCGGGACCAGUUGCCGUGAAGGACUAAAUCCCUUCAAAAUACUGAUGUGGAAGGACGUGGGAACCCACCACAAUUACAUCCCAAGAGAGUCAUGGACAGAGAAACAUUUGAAAGUGAUUUGUCGGGUGAUCCGGCUGACGCCCGGCGCCUUUCGGUACCCGGGCCGGAUGGUGUGAAGUAUGCUACCGAAGCUUCCAAAGAGGCGAGCCUUCAGGCCUCUGCAGAAGGACAUGCUACUGUUGGCACUAAAACUACAAGAAAUAAUUUCUCAAUGCGAUCCCAUCAGCGCAUUGGCACCUGGAACGUUAAUGGGCUGCUUCAAGCAGGCAAAUUGAGCAUAGUGGACAAAGAAAGAGAGAAUCAUAACUUACCUAUCUUGGGCCUCAGCGAAACACAUAUACGAGGCCAGGGACAUUUCACGACUUCGUCAGGUAGCACACUUUACUUCUCCGGGUUAGAAGACUCUAGCCGGAGCGGCGUUGGAAUACUUUUACCACGGAAUAUGAACAAAUUUGUCCUCGGAUACAAUCCGGUGUCGGAUAGGAUAAUAACAAUGAAACUGAACACCAAACCCUGUCUCCUCAAUAUCGUUCAAAUUUAUGCUCCAACAGCUCAGUCCACGAAAGAGGAUAUCGAUGGGUUUUACGAUGCACUUGAAAAAACCCUAGACGAUAUUCCAAGUAGACAAAUCACAGUAAUCUUGGGAGACUGGAAUGCCAAGAUAGGUAACACAGAAUCAAUUCCGGAAACUAGCGACGUCAUCGGGAAGUAUGGUCUGGGCACUAGAAACGAACGUGGACAAAGGCUUGCGGAGUUCUGUAUUGGUAGAGGUCUGAGUAUUACGAAUACAAUGUUUCAGCACCAUAAGAGGCGACUGUACACAUGGAGAUCUCCUGGCGAUCGAUUCAGAAACCAGAUAGACUAUGUAUUAGUGGACAAGCGCUGGAGAUCUUCCGUAAAAAAUGUAAAGACCUUUCCUGGGGCCGAAUGUGGUUCUGAUCACACACUGCUCGUCGCCUUCUUCUCCCUCCGGCUUAAAGCUGUCCACCAAAACUCACGACUCAAACCUAGAUCACUAAAUCCAAUAGAAGAAGCUCAUUUUCGGAAUUUGAUUGAAACAAAGCUUGCCAAAUCCCCUUUAUCACUGAGGGAGGAUGCAGAAUCUAUGUGGAUGAAUCUGGAAAGUAAAAUAAAUGAUGCCCUUGAAGAUGUUACCUCUCAAAGAGAAAAAGAUCCCAGGAGAUCCACAUGGAUAACAGACCAAACAUGGAGCCUAAUCCAGCGCAGAAAAGAUGUCAAAGCCAGAGGCCUACAGAAUCCUGAGAUACGUAGGGAAUACUCUGAGAUUUGUAAAGCAGUCCAAAGAGAAUGCCGCAGAGACAAAAAUAAAUUUAUUAUGGGCAUAUGUCGAGAGGUGGAAUCACACGCGCUAAAGCUGCAAACUUCAGAUCUGUUCAAGAAAGUCCGUCUGCUAAGUAGAAAAUUCAAGCCCAAAUCUUGGGUCAUAGAAAACUCUGAAGGACUACCACUGCAUGAACUGCACGAAAUCACGGAACGCUGGCGUGGCUACUGUGAGCAACUCUAUAAAGCUCCCCAUGAAUCUACCGAAAGCCGGUUCGACUGGAAAGAUCUUGAAUUGGAGCCUAAUAUCCUGAGAUCAGAGGUAACGGGUGCAAUCGACCGGCUCAAAUCAAAGAAGGCUCCCGGACCUGACGAUAUCACAUCGGAGAUCCUCAAGGCUCUUGGUGACAAUGGCUUGGACGUACUCCAUAAGAUUUGCAAUCACGUAUGGCAAAACGGUGAAUGGCCCAAAAACUGGACGCGGUCUGUAAUUAUCCCACUGCACAAGAAAGGUUCAACUAGAAAAUGUGAUAAUUACCGCACCCUGGCCCUCAUCUCUCACGCUAGCAAAAUUCUUUUACAUGUAAUAAACAGCAGGAUUCGUUACUAUUUGGACUGGCAGAUCCCGCAGGAACAAGCUGGAUUUGUAAAAGGCAAGGGCACGAGGGAGCAAAUACUGAACGUGAGACAGAUUGUGGAAAAGUGCUACGAAUUCGACACGCCGGUCAUCAUGUGUUUCGUUGACUAUAGUAAGGCUUUUGACUGUGUUGACUGGAACUGCUUGUGGGAUGUCCUCACAGAGUUGGGGGUCCCUCGCCACCUUACUGCACUCCUUCAGUCAUUAUACUACAACAGCCAGGGAGUAGUGAGAAUCGAUAGGACUGCAUCUGACUCGUUCAAAUUUCACAAGGGCGUGCGGCAGGGCUGCAUCCUGUCACCCAUCCUGUUCAAUAUUUACGGCGAAUACAUCGUCAGGAAAACUUGCGAUGGAUGGGAUGGUGGUAUUACCGUCGGAGGCUGUAAAAUCUCUAACUUGCGCUACGCUGACGACACCACUCUCCUGGCAGCCAGCGAAAUCGAGAUGGGCAAGUUCUUGGACAGGAUGGAGCGCAUUAGCAAAGACCUCGGACUCGCGAUAAACAGAUCUAAAACAAAGGUCAUGAUCGUUGAUCGCACAGGCAGACUGGAGCUCAGCGGUACACUUAAUUUAGAAGUAACGGACAACUUUGUUUACCUGGGCUCCAACAUCAGCAACAAUGGCUCUUGUGAACCGGAAAUUCGCAGACGGAUUGGGAUGGCAAAAGGUGCCAUGUCUCAGCUGGACAAAAUAUGGAAGGACAAAAAUAUCUCUAUGAACACCAAGAGCAACCUAGUCCGCACACUAGUGUUUUCAAUAUUCAUAUACGGAGCAGAGACAUGGACUAUAAAGAAAGCUGACCGCAAUCGGAUUGAUGCCUUCGAAAUGUGGUGCUGGAGGAGGAUGUUGGGUAUUCCCUGGACCGCACGCCGCACCAAUUUAUCCAUCCUAGCUCAGUUGAAGAUCCGGACUAGACUCUCCACCAUUUGCAUGCGAAGAAUUCUUGAAUACUUUGGCCACAUCGCAAGGAAAGACAGUGACAACUUAGAGAAAUUGAUGGUCACUGGAAAGGUCGAGGGCAAGCGACUAAGAGGCAGGAACCCGACCCGUUGGACGGACCAGAUUCGUGCAGCCCUGGAUACCACAGUGCACGAUGCUCUGCAUUCAGCUGCAGAUAGGAACAGAUGGCGGUGCACUAUAAAAAACAAUCUGUUUCAAGGCCAUGACCACGACCCUCUAUCUAUCUAUCUAUCAGCCCAUGGACGUCCACUGCUGGACAUAGGCCUCCCCCAAGCCUCGCCACAAAGACCGGUCCUGCGCUGCCUGCAUCCAGCGGAUCAGUAAUGAGGAAACCGACGCAAGGAGGAGGAGAUAAUCGAAGCUUAAAAAAAAAUGCAAUAGAACACAACAUGGGACAUUCCUUCAAGCAACAUUUUCAAUUGAUUUUUAAUAAUAUAGAGAGUAAUAAAAACUUUGAAAAUUUACAACCGAGAGUCAAGCGGCAGGUCAGUUCGGGUGCAGGUAAAUUCAUUGAAGCAGCGAAGAUGCCACAAAUCAAGGUAUUCCGACUGUUCCUGCAGAUGUUUAAGAAUGGAUGGGCCGAUUCGUACGUCGGUGGAACCGGGCCAUUGGAUCCGCGAAUCAUCCGGCCGGUUCUCUAUCUAUUCAAGGAUAAGAUUAUACAAUUCUUUAUGCCCGAACCUGGAGUAGAACAUCAGAAAAAAUCGCAUUAGUUCAUACAUAUUAUCAUAGCUUUGUAUAUUUGUAAACAGUAUUUAAAAUAAAAUCUUGAGCUAUUUCUAAGAUAUCCGUUUUAAGCUAAGAGCUAUGUAUAAAAUUAUAUUAUGUUGGAUUCAUUUGAUAUUAGCUGGAUGAAGCUAAUAUAUUUAAAUAUUGAGCCAUUUCCUUUAACUGUGUUAAGCGGCUAACGAUGCGCUAUUUUUAAAAUAAUAUUAUGUUGGAUUCGUUUGAUAUUAGCUUAAGCUAAUAUAUUUAAAUAAAAUAUAUGUACAUAUAUAAAAACUUAUUUUUAGUUUAAGUCCAAUACUUAUUAUGAACUAAUUUGCUUACUAUUCUCGUUUUCUACGCAUACCCAUUUUACUGGUGGUGGAGCAUCUUGUGAGCCGCCCUGCAUAUUUCGGUCGUGUCUGUCUAGGUAUAUUCUGUUUAUUCUGCAGUAGGUACGUUAGUUUUAAUGUCGAAUGAAUUAUUAUUGUAAAUUGCUUAUAAUUCUUCCCUUCGGUUUUCACGAGUCGUCCAUAUAUAAUUACUACUAUCUUAAUUAUGUCUUUAUGCAUAUCUAAGAUUCUAAGUCGUACAUAAGAUUAUAAAGUUUUAUAUUAAAUCUUCUAGAAAUAAAUCUUUUAGAUUACGGCUUGUGAUGUCCGCACGAAAACUGGGAAGGAAACGAAACGACGGAAAUUCUAAAAUUUACAAAACAAAUGACAGUUCUAGCCGUAAAAGCGUUUUAUAAUUAAAUUUACAAGUUCAAUGAAAAAUAAAAAAUAAAUGCGUUUUUUUUAUUAGCGCAGAUCUUCUUCUUCUUCUUCGUCGCUUUCUUCAUUGCUGAAGGUCAUGUCCCUGAAACUCGACCGUUGCCUGUCUCGUGAUCUGUUACGUGAAGCAAAAACUUUGUAUUCCUUUUUAUGAAAAUUGCGCGGACGGAGGAGUAUGAAAUUUUCCACACUUAUAGAGAAUAUAGAGAAGAAGUGCACAAUGCUAAUAUCUUUUUAAAAUAAUGCAUAAAAGAUACAUUAAAUCAAUAAAGAAAACAUUCCACACACUACAUACCAUGUAUUUGACGCACACACGCAUGCAUACUAUUUAUUGUCAAACUUUUGUUCUUGACGUCUGUUGUCAAAUUGAGAUUAAAUAUUGUUUGUCUUUGUUAAUAUUUUUUAUAGUGUAGUCUUGGCGAAAUUUGUGAUUAUAGAAGUAUAAAAUACAAUCAUAAUAGUGUACAAACUUACAAUUCCAAUUAAUUAUAGUCGAAUUUCGACUACUGCGGGACCUCUAGUAUAGUUUAAAAGCUAAAAAAGCUUAUAUACCUAGACCAAAAAUAUUAAAAGAAUAUUAUUUUUUUUCGCCUUGGUGUUCUUGACAUCAGGCAAUAGUUAUAAAGUUAUUGUAUUGACCAGUUGAAAUUGGUUGGAAAUACUUUGAAAGAUUCGAUAACUAGAUACAGGACAAACUAAUGAAUAAGUGCUAAAAAUAAUAGUACAUGUAAUAGGUAUUUUUUUGGUAGAAGCAAUUAGAGCAGUAAUACCAAUCGGUUUGAUCUAACAACAUACUCUACCGCCAACAAUGAAGUCCGUAGAAAAACGUGUAAGAUUUCUGGUUUAAUUAACUGGUCUGACUUGGGCAAAAUGCUAUCGACUGAUUCUCUUUUGCCAGGAAUAUCUUUUUAAAUACUAAGUAAAUAGCAUAUAAGUAGAGAAAAUAUCUCUUCUUGAGAUUGAAACCUCAUUAAUUGAGAAUUUGUUGAAUGAGAAAAAAUCCUGUAAAUGAAACAUAUAACUAUUAAUAGCAUACACAAUAAUUUGUAAAUGAUUUGGACGUAUGUUUGUAAUGUUUUCUUGUUAUUUCCAUGGGAAAUUUCUAUACAAUUAGCAAUAAUCACAUUCCCUUUCCGGAUUUCAUUAGUCUAAAUAUAUAAGUAUUUUAUAAAAGUC